AUGUCAUUGCCUAACGACACGAAUGCCACAGACGAGGAUGAUGACCCUCAAUAUGAAGAACCCCCUCCACUGCGUAUUUUUCGUCUUGCCUUGUUUUCCUUGAUUAUCUUGGCCAGCCUAAUCGGUAACUCGGUAGUUUGCAAAGCGGUAUGGAGUAUGCCUUCCCGAAAGCCGUUUUCAUACCAUCUUGUUGCCAAUAUGGCCUUUGCAGAAAUCAUCAGCUCUCUGUGUUUGCCUGUCAUGAUGGUGUUCGGUUUUGAAGACGGACGCGAGAUUGAGAUCGUCCACGAUAUCAAUUGCAUUGUAAAUCCCAUCCAAGUUCUUUCAAUGAUGGUAGUAACUUAUUCGCUGGCCGCUCUCGCAUUACACCGGUACCGAGUUCUCAUCAACCCAGUUGCAAGAACUCUGUCGAUUAAACUGAAACUUGCAACAUUUUUUUGUCUGUGGUUACUGCCCACAGUUGUUUGUAUCCCCUUGUUCCUCUCGUUUACGUUUGGAUCCAGCGUUGGAAGUACCUUAACUUACGAACUUGUGAGAUUCGUCCUAAAUUUCGUCCUACCCUCCUUGGUCAUGGUGACAUCUUACGCAGCUGUAGCGUGGAACCUAAGACAGAGAAUCGGCCGAAAGGCAGCCGAGGCAAGGGGCUCGAUCAUUCCAUCAUCGCAUACCGCUGAAGUCGAUAUUGAUGAGCCGGUAGAACUUCAUGCAUUGAAAAACAACAAGGAGGGAGAAGAAGAACAGCAACAAGCUUGCCAAACCGCCCCAAGAGUGUUGGUCGCCGUAGAUAACUGCAGAUGUGUUAAGAAAGAAAACUCCACUGACGCCGAACAAGAUUUACUGAAGAUGAUAUUUGUGAUAAUCCUGAUCUUUGUGUUUUGUUAUUUUCCUUAUCAAGUAGUCUUUUGUGGGAAACAUUAG